GAUCGUAGAAGGCAUACGUUGCAAACUGUUAUUAAAUAAAUAGUUUAUGUGUUCAGCAUUAAUUUUGAAAUACAUAUUUUAAUAAACAAUGUUUUCAAUCAAACCCAAAUAUAUUAUAGCAGUAGACUUUGAGGCCACCUGUUGGGAGAAUCAACCACAUUCUCAAUUUAGAGAAUCGGAAAUUAUAGAAUUUCCAGCCGUAUUAAUGAAUUUAGAAACUGGUAAAAUAGAAGCGGAAUUUCACCAUUAUAUUAAGCCCAUUGAAAAACCCAUACUAAGUGAAUAUUGCCUUAAUCUAACUGGCAUUACCCAGAACGCAGUCGACAAUGGCAUACCAUUGGAAACCGCCUUAAUAAUGUUCCAAGAAUGGUUAAGCAAAGAAAUAACGACACGCCAACUAGUGCUGCCUAAAUUUUCAAAUGAUUAUAAAAUGGGCACUUGUGUCUUUGUAAGCUGGGGCAAUUGGGAUUUCGGCACAUGUCUGGAUAAAGAAUGCAUUCGGAAAAAUAUAAAAAAACCUUUAUAUUUUAAUCUCUGGACUGAUAUUCGUUAUGUUUUCAGAGGUUGGUGCAGCUAUAAGCCCAAUAACUUUUCAGAUGCCCUGCGUUAUGUAGGCCUAAAAUUUGUGGGUAACGAGCACUCGGGCUUGGAUGAUGCUAGAAAUAUAGCAAUUUUAACAUAUAAUUUGGUUAAGAAAGGAGUUGCUCUAAAGAUAAACGGACAUUUUUUUUAAGCUACUUUUAAACAAAAAAAAAUACUAUUUUUAAACUGAAUUUAUAUGUAGAAGCAACUGAAAAAUUGUAAGACUUCUUGUAAUGAUUUUUUUUUUUAUAAAUAAAAAUUAA